GCGGUACUGUCGGAAAAGAAGCCACCCUUCUACGUGCGCCGGUUCUGGGGCCGCGAGUCGAGCGAUUACGACGAAAUCAAUCAACUGGUGCGCAAGGAAGCGCUCGCCGACACGCUAUGGAAACGGAGCCGGCAACAGUGCAGCCACCAUCUGUUGGAGAUGACGGUGUAGUGCCCCCGCUGUACGAGGAUCGCACCAAGGGGCUGCGGAAGGAACGGCUUUCAUUUCGCUUUACCUCAAUGGAGAAACCAUCCGAGCUGAGCCGUUGCCUGGUAACGAUAAGCGACGUGAGCAAUGUUGAAGCACACGAGUCAUCCUACCUUGGCGGAGGAUCCAGCGAAGAACUUUGGAUCACCAUGGGAACUGCCCUGACACCGGUGGAUUACUAUGUGGAGCUUCUGCUGCAGCAAAUGUUAACGAACGAGCAAAGCAAAUGUACGAUCAGCAGUGCCAAACGCGGUGACGUCACGUUCACCAUGAAGCUGGUGCGCAUCGAGGGACAAAAAUAUUACUACGAGCUCACCGUCCCCGAAACGCUCGCGCUGGCCAAACAGUACAAAGAGAAUGGCGUGAAAAUGUUCUCCAAAUACCCGUUGUUUGCGCACGCCUACUUCAACCAGGCGGCCAAGUGUUUGCUGUCCUGGUCACCGAUCGAUCAGCUCGACCCGGCCAUCGAAGGAGCCGGUACGAUCGAGGAAAUGCAGUCCCUACUCGAAACGCUGUACCUUAACAUUGCGGCAUGCCUGAUCAAGCAGAACCGCUUCGACGAAGUGCUGCACGUGCUUCGCUACACCGAUCAGCAGGAACAUCCCUCCCCGAAGGCAACAUAUCGGAAGGCGUUGGCACAGUUUAAGGUGAAACGGUUUACCGAAGCGCUCGCCACACUCGAGCGGAUCGAUUACGCCAGCAGCAAGGAGUGUGUCGCGUUGCACGCGCAGAUCAUUCAAACGCGCCAGCAAGAGGACAGCAAAUACAGCUCAAUGGUAAAGAAAAUGUUCGCUUAAACAGGUAGCUAUACUUACACUCUAUACGUACACGAUAAGCAAUAAAAUUAGCUUCUACGAUUAGCGAUAA